UUUAUCAUUACUGCUGACGUUUAUGUAUUGUCUACAAUUAAUUUGUGUAAAUAAAAAGUUUUUGUGGUGUGUCGAAAAAGUUACAAAUACGAAAAAUAUAGUUAAUAAAAAUAUAUUAGUUCAUUAGUAGAGUAGUGCAAAUACAAAGAAUUAAAGAAACACAACAAAAUGGACACUAAACUGGAUAUGUUCGAUGAUAACAUUUCGGCUUCCCAACUGGAAGGUGAUAUGUCCAUACCAGGCGCACGCAAAAAUACAACACAAAUUGGCGCACCAGAUUUCAAUACCUUAGAUGAGCCAAUCAAAGAGACAUUCUUGAGAGAUGUACGCGCUGUUGGCGUAAAAUUCUAUCAUGUGCUCUAUCCCAAGGAGAAGUCCAGUUUGCUGCGUGAUUGGGAUUUAUGGGGUCCACUAGUACUCUGCACCUUUAUGGCUACUAUAUUGCAAGGUUCGUCAGAUAGCAUGUAUGAUGGUGGUCCAGAGUUUGCACAAGUAUUUGUUAUCGUGUGGAUCGGUGCGGCUAUAGUUACAUUAAAUUCGAAACUGCUUGGCGGCAAUAUCUCCUUUUUCCAAUCCGUCUGCGUUUUGGGCUAUUGCCUUACGCCCGUAGCGAUAGCGUUGAUGGUGUGUCGUGUCAUUUUACUAGCCACGCAAACGAAAUUGGCGUUCUUCUUGCGUCUGCUAACCACUACGCUUGGAUUUGUGUGGGCCACAUAUGCUUCGUUUAUAUUUCUUGGUGAAAGUCAGCCACCAAACCGUAAACCACUUGCCGUAUAUCCAAUAUUCUUAUUCUUUUUCAUCGUAUCUUGGUUAGUUAUAUCGCAUAACUAAGUAAAUAGUAUGUGUAUUUAGCUUAUUUAGUAUACGUUUAUGUAAACUUACAAUGAAUUCCAGGGGAUUAUAAAACCAAUUUAAUUUAGGUAUACUAUAAUAUGAUAAUGUCUAAGCGCAUAAGAAAAUAAUAAAAAAAAAGAAAAAUAAAUAAAAAACGUACUUAAAUAAUAUUGAUUAUAUUAUCCCCAAAACAAAAUGAAUUUGUUUGGAAAAUAUCUGAAAACUAAAUUAUAUAUAAUCCGUGUUCGAGUUUGAAUAUGCGUAUCUGAGUGUGUGCAGCCACGAGCUGCUAUACGAGGUUUGUUCAUAAAAUACUGGGAAUUUUCGUGUUUUGAAAAAAAAAUAUUUUUUGAUUCGUCUAAGUUAAUGUUUUCGCCUUUAAAAUAGUUCACAUUCGAUAUUAUGCACUAAUGUAUAAUACUUAUGCGAAACACUUCUCAAACUCGAUUUGUGGGAUAAUUGGUCUCUCUCUGAGACCCAAAAACAAAUUUAAUUUUAAAAUUCCCGUUAUUUUUUUGAACAUACCUUGUAUAUCGCUGGUUUUGAAUUAUUUUCAACCCAACAUAUGUAUACACUUUGAAUUAUUUCUCCUACUUCAAAAUAUGAUAACAUUAUCUUGUAUAUUUUUACUGCUGGAAUAUUUUUUGAAAGAGUCUAGCUAAGUUUAUUUUAUUUUCAAACUAUUUUUACUUUUUCUUUUAUUUUUUGUAAAAUUUGUUUUUAUCAAAUAUGUAUCUGUUAUAGCCCAUUUGAUUGGAAACCAUUUUUUCUUAAUUUUAUCUAUAACUGCUUAUGGAAGUCGAGGUCUCAAUGUUGUGUCAAUCCCGUUUUAGAAUUUCCAACAUUUGCGAGGCCUUAGUAGUUGUUGUAAUUUUCGGGUUGAUUGUCGUGGGCCGUUGAAAAAUCUGUGUCUGUUCCCGUUGUUGUAGAAUCAUCUUUCACAGACCAGAUAUAAAUACUGAUUCGGACCCGUUGCUGCUGCUGCUAAAAUGGGUCUAUAUAACCUAAUCGGACCCGAGUUGACGAUCGUGGGCCGAGUAAAAUUCUGAAUUCAUUCUCGUUGUUGAAUAGUAUCACCUUUCACAGAGUCAUUUCGAACAUCCUAUCACUGCUGUUGUUGUUAUUAUUAUUGUAUGCAUGUGAUUGGCGUUGCAACCGUUUAGCCGGUUAUAGCCGAAUCGAUGAUAGUGCGCCACUUCUCUCUCUCCUUCGGAGUUCGGCGCCAGUUGGAGAUCCGAAGUAUAACCAGGUCGCUCUCCACCUGAUCCCUCUAACGGAGUGGAGGCCUUCCCCUUCCUCCGGCGGGUACUGCAUAGAACACUUUCAGGGCUGGAGUGUUUUCGUCCAUUCGGACAACAUGACCUAGCCAGCGUAGCCGCUGUCUUUUUAUUAUCUGAACUAUGUCAAUGUCGACGUAUAACUCGUACAGCUCAUCGUUCCAUCGUCUGCGGUAUUCGCUGUUCUCAUCCGAGGCUUUUGUCGAUUUCUCAUUGCUACUUCGUUUUUAUGUGGUGGGUCCCAAACCCUACGUACAACCGCAGAGCGGACUUCGCCUUCCCACUUUAGCUCGCCUCCAAACAGCUGUUUGUUGGCUACCCAGAAGAUACUAGGCCUAAAACCGGAAGUCGUGAACUGCUUGAAACAUGUGGAGAAGAACCGUUUCUGGCCACUCCCAAGUGAAUGACAAUCAAAAACUUUACUCACUUACUAGAACUUCUACACAUGAUCCGAUCCUCCAUUAUUAUUAGUACCUAAUAAGGUUGACGAUUAGAAUGUUAUUGACCGAAUAUAAAUACUGAUCCGUUCUAUUUAUGUAGAUCUGUUGUUAAGAUCGGUUUUACAUACCCGGAUUUUUGUAUUAAAGGUCGUCUUAAUAGAUCCUAGACGUUAGUUCUACUCAAAUCAAGCGCUUCGGAGAUCGUCUUUUCGAAAUUAUACCCAAAUAAUUUAAUCGUCCACACAUUUAUAGUAGGUACUGUUCUGAUUUUUUGUUUUAUUUAAAAUUUGCAUUCACAUAUAAAUCCUUAACUUAAAAAAUACGUAAAUAUAUACAUACAUAUACAUAGAUAAAUCUUCUGUACUUUAAUUAUGAUUAUUGUCCACUAAAAACUAAACAAAACUUCUUUCUAUAAGAGAAAAAAGAAUUGCUUUGCACAUCUGCUAAAGCCCACAGAGCAAAAAAAUACACCAACUAAUAGGCUUUCUGCAAUACUUCCACUUUCGACAAUUGGUAGACUUCGA